AUGGUGGCGACAAGUAAAUCCACGCUCCGAGUUUGCUGCAUAUCGGCGACCAUCAUCGUCCUCGUCACUAUAGCAGUUUUAGUGACGCUGGCGUUGACCGUAUUCAAGCCACGAGAUCCCGACGUCGUUCUCUACCCGGUCGGCCUGUCCAAACUCCAGGUUGACGACUUCAUUUCCCAGGACAGCGUGACGAGCGAAAUGGUGAUGAGCAUUCGCAACAGGAACUACGCCAGCUUCGAGUUUGCAAAUGCGACGAGCCACAUCAAAUACGACGGGAAGCUCGUGGGUCGGGUUCCGAUCGUGGAAGGCACCGUCCCGGCCAGGUCCGCGUUCAACAUCACGGCACCGGCCGUUUUGCGGGCGAAGAGGCUGAGGGAGAAUCCGAAUGCGAUCAACGAUAUCGUCGGCGGCAGUCUGAACCUCACGGCGACGGUGACUAUGCAUGGGAAGAUGUCGAUGUUGAACCGCUUGAUCAAAAAGCGGGGCUCCGUCUACACCGAAUGUCACAUGACGAUUUAUAUCAGUGAGGUCCCCAUUCGCGGCGAAUCUUGGUGCUGGGCUAAGCUCGAGAUGUAA